GGGGCGUGGCCGCGAGGCCGACCGCGGCGUGGUUGCCAAUUGGGUGGCCUGCCCCUCCCAAACCCUUGACCCUCCCGAUCCUUAAGCUCUCAUUCUCCUCUUAUUCGGUUACACCCCCGUUCGGACAACAAAAAAAUCCCAAAAAUAUCGGAAAAUCCCUAAAAAAAAUUGCAGUUAUUCUUCUUGAUUUCGCGAUCGUUAUCCCCGUUUUAUCAGUCAGAAAGUCCUACAGCAAAGAGGAAGGUGUGUUUUCUUAGUCCUUGUUUUAUAAUUGCUAGGGUUUGCUGUAUCAGCGAGAGGAAAGGGAGAAACAAAGCAGGAAGAGAAAAAAAAUAUAUAGUUUUUACGAGAUAUGGCGCAGUCUACGGUUGAGCAGCAGACGUCGGACGGGGAGGUCAACAACGGCGGAGGCAACCAGAUUCCGUUGUCGUCGCUUUACGUGGGGGACCUCCAUCCAAGCGUCACGGAACCACAAAUAUUUGAAUUUUUUAGCCAGAUCGGACCGGUUAUUUCCGUGCGCCUCUGCCAAGACUCUGAUACCCGGCGGUCGCUCGGCUAUGCGUAUGUUAACUAUAGCAACCCUGCGGAUGCUGCAAUGGCUUUGGAUGUGCUCAACUUCACACUUAUUAACAACAAGCCUAUUCGUAUCAUGUAUUCAAAUCGUGACCCUAGCAUCCGAAAAAGUGGGUCUGCAAAUGUUUUUAUCAAGAAUCUUGACAAAACAAUAAACAACAAAGCACUACAUGAGAUUUUUUCGUCAUUUGGUAGUAUCCUGUCAUGCAAAAUCGUAACAGAUACAUUUGGGCAGUCAAAAGGCUAUGGUUUUGUUCAAUUUGAUCGAGAAGAGGCUGCUCAAAGUGCAAUUAGCAAACUGAAUGGUGCACUUAUGAAUGACAAACCAGUUUAUGUUGGACCCUUCGUCCGCAAGCAGGAAAGGGAAAACUCCGCAGACAAGACAAAAUUUACUAAUGUCUUUGUAAAAAAUCUUUCAGAGUCAACUACAAAGGAGGACCUAGAAAAUAUUUUUGGAAAAUAUGGGAAAAUCACCAGUGCAGUUGUUAUGAUCGAGGAGGAUGGAAAAUCAAAGUGCUUUGGGUUUGUUAAUUUUGACGAUCCAGAUGCUGCUGCUCUAGCAGUUCAAGAACUCAAUGGACAGCAAUUUGAUGAUAAGGAAUGGUACGUCGGAAAGGCAUUGAAAAAGUCUGAAAGGGAUUCAGAACUUAGGGAAAAGAUUGAGCAAACUGCUACGGAGACAAUUGAUAAGUAUCAUGGACUCAAUUUAUAUUUGAAGAACUUAGAUGAUAGUAUUGGAGAUGAUAAGCUGGUAGAAUUAUUUUCUGGCUUUGGGAUAAUAACUUCCUGCAAGGUUAUGCGGGAACCUAAUGGUAUGAGUAAAGGCUCUGGAUUUGUUGCUUUCUCAGCUCCUGAAGAAGCAUCUCGAGCUCUGGCAGAGAUGAAUGGAAAAAUGGUUGGUGGGAAGCCACUUUAUGUUGCAGUUGCACAACGCAAAGAAGAGAGAAAAGCUAGGUUGCAGGCUCAGUUUUCACAAGUACGACCAGUAACUAUGAUACCUAAUGUUGGUCCACGUGUUCCCAUCUACCCCCCUGGUGCUCCGGGUAUGGGGCAACAAAUAUUUUAUGGCCAAACGCCUCCUACACUUGUUCCACCUCAGCCAGGAUUUGGCUUUCAGCAACAGCUUAUUCCUGGAAUGAGGCCCGGUGGGCCACCUAUGCCAAAUUUCUUCAUGCCUGUAGUCCAACAAGGUCAGCAGGGGCAUCGCCCAAGUGGUAGACGUAGUGGAGGACCAGUGCAACAAAUGCAACAACCAAUGCCUUUGAUCCAGCAACAGCAGAUGCUUCCAAGGGGUCGCGUCCAGCGCUAUGCUCCUGGUCGCAACAUGUCUGACGUUCCGAUGCCUGGUAUUGUUGGAGGGAUGCUCUCUCCAUAUGAUAUGGGAGGUCUGGGAUACCGAGAUAUUGGCAUGUCACAAUCUAUUCCCAUUGGGACACUGGCUUCAGCACUUGCAAAUGCUACUUUCGAGCAGCAAAGGAUGAUGCUUGGUGAGAAUCUUUACCCACUUGUGGAGCAAUAUGAGCGAGAUCAUGCUGCCAAAGUUACAGGAAUGUUGCUGGAGAUGGACCAAACUGAAGUGCUGCAUUUGCUAGAAUCGCCAGAAGCUCUGAAAGCAAAAGUUGCAGAGGCAAUGGAAGUCCUGCUAAAUGUAGCGCAACAGCAACAGGGGAAUGCUCCCAGCGAUCAGCUAGCAGCGCUGUCGCUGAGUGAUGGCCUUGUCUCUUGAUGCUCAGACUUGUUUUCAAGUUGUACUGUUUAGUUGCGAUUGUGAACAACCAACACUUCUGGUCGUCUUGGUUUGCUUAUGAUUGUGAUGUGAAUUUUGAGUUUUGAUUUUUGUUAACUGGGGUCUGUUUCGGUCGAUUGAAUCUCUGGUCCUCUUGUACUAGCAUCUUACCAUGUGUUUCUAGUUGUACCAAGUAUUUUAUGAUUAUCUAUCUGUGCGUGUGUUUAUUUUCC